AAACUUGCCUUCUGCAGUUCACGGUUGAGUGUGGCUUGGGCAGGAUCAUCUGGGCCUCAGCAAAGGAAGCAGAGCAAGACAGGCCCAAGUGCAGCAAUGCCAAGUUUUGCUGGGAGUGCCCUUCGGGGGAGCUUCUUCCUGAUGCUUGGGCUGUGGUGGUCCAUUAAGUACCCCGUCAAGUACAUUCUUCAAAAGCUGAAUGCAGAGAAUCAGUACAGCCGGUCGAUCCAGUGCAUGGAUAUCAUAGAAGGGACAGCAAAGGCCUUCUUUGCUCUAGGAGGGAUACUGGCUGAGCAGUUUGUCCCAGAUGGACCCCACCUCGCUCUCUAUGAUGAAGAGACCCGAAAUUGGGUGCAGCUGAUGAACUGGCAGCAUAUGACCAUGUACCUGUUCUACGGUUUCUCUGGAGUGGUGGACGUUCUCACCUAUACGUCACUCAAGUUACCAGUGGGGCUGGAUCGCCUCCUGGUGGCUCUGGCAUUGUUCACAGAAGGCUUCCUUUUCUAUUUCCAUGACUACCAGAAUGCCGCAUUGACUGAACACCUCUACGCCCUCAUGAGCAUCGCUAUAUUUGGAGCUGCCCUUUGUGCCACGCUGGAAGUGUUCCUGCGAGAUCACAUCCUCCUGGAGCUCCUCAGAGCCAGCCUAUUCAUCCUGCAAGGCUCCUGGUUCUGGCAGGUUGGCUUUGUCCUGUACCCACCAUGGGGAGGUCCAGGAUGGAAUCAAGCAGAUGCUGGAAACAAGAACUUCCUCACCAUGUGCUUCUUUUGGCACUACGCGGUCGGCCUUCUUUUGAUGGCAAGCAAUGGAUUUGUCAGUCAACGUCUGGGUUUCUACAGAUGCAGCAAUGGAUGUAGAAUAAACUCCGAAAAUAUUGAUGUGGAACUUGACUUCGCGUGUUGCCCAUGGAUGAAAAACAGAACUCCAGAUCCUGUCCUCCUUCCAGAGAACAGCUUAGAAGAAAAAUGA